UAUUUUAAUUCCAUAACAUUUUACUUUAUAUAAUUAUGCUUGUACACGCAAUAUUUUUAUUGGAUUUAUUUAUGUAUGUAUUUGUAACAAAGACACCGCGUGACACGGGUUUCUACCCCCACCCGUGUCUUUAUUCAUAAUGAAUACAGGUUAUCUGGCCUCAAUUAGCCCGUUUGGGCUCAGUCCAGCCCGCCUUUCUCAAAACCAACAAAUUUAUGGGCUAAUACUAUGCUUUAAGUUAUAUUAUAAUUAUAUGUAUACGUGUACAUUUAUUGUUUCUGUAUAUAUAGGUCAUGUUUAUAAUUAUAGAUCAUAUGCUGUGCCAUGCCAGCCUGUUUUGCAUUUUUCUUUCUCCUGUUGUAAAACGAGCCUUUUCGGUGAAAAUGCAGUAAAAUAAUACAUUGAUUUUUUUUUUUUUUUUUUUUUUAAUCAUUGCCUCUGAUUGUUUUAUAUUUAAUUUCCCCUUUAUAACUAAAAUUGUUUUGAAGUCAUGCUAUCAUAAACAGGUUUGAUUUAGUAGAUUUUAUUUUUUAUUUUUUCCAAUAUUAGUUCAUUAGGUCAGCAUGUUUGGAGUGAGUUAGAGAGGUUAUUCCAGCCCACCCCUAAAACUGGAGAAAACAAGGAAGCGAAUAAUCUGAUUCUUGCUGUGUUUCACCGCUCAGAUACACGAAGACUAUCGCAGAAUUUUUCACAAGUGUCUCUUCCGCCUAUUUUGCCAUUCAUUCCUGUACAAAAGCAAACAGGGGCGACUCGCUUAAACUGUCCUGCUCUUCACCAAAAGCUAUUUUCCUUUCCUCUCCGUCUCUCUCUCUCGUUCAAGCCCUUGUUCCCCCCUCCAAUACUUUUUCCUGCCCCUCUCUAUUUAUGAAAACGUCACUUCAGGUCCCUCCUUGUUUGAAUCUCAUUAGUUUUUUUUCUUGUGUGUUUCUCCCUGUCAAUAAUCCCGAAUCCAGACUCUCUCUAUUUCCAUCCCUCUCUAUCUGUCAAUCAGCGCCGCCUUUGAACUGAAAACCACUCCGACCAACUUCAACUCCCUCAAUCCGAGCGCCUCAGCUCCGUCUCCGGCUUCUGUUUCUGCCAAGAUUGCCCUCUUCUUUUUUAGUUUUGAGCACUUACCCAGCCAAACGCCAGUGCGAGUCCCUAAACUUAAACUCCGGAUUCGGGGAUCACACCAAGAUCAAGGGUUUAAAAACUUUUGGUGUUUUUGGCCCCCCGCAAAAUUAGCGCUCCUCGGGAAACAUGCCGCAGCUCAACGGCGGUGGAGGAGACGAUCUGGGCGCGAACGAUGAAAUGAUUUCCUUCAAAGACGAAGGCGAGCAGGAGGAAAAAAUUUCGGAGAACUCCUCUGCAGAAAGGGAUUUAGCAGAUGUCAAGUCUUCUCUCGUGAACGAGUCGGAAACGAAUCAAAACAGCUCUUCGGAUUCUGAGGCGGAAAGACGGCCUCCGCCUAGAUCUGAAAGUUUCAGAGACAAAACAAGAGAAAGUUUAGAGGAGGCUGCGAAAAGGCAAGAUGGAGGGCUGUUCAAGAGCCCACCGUACCCGGGCUAUCCAUUUAUAAUGAUUCCCGACCUCACGAGCCCGUACCUCCCGAACGGAUCACUCUCUCCGACCGCACGCACAUAUCUACAGAUGAAAUGGCCACUGCUAGAUGUUCAAGCAGGAAGUCUUCAGAGUAGACAAGCACUUAAAGAUGCCAGGUCACCCUCUCCAGCACACAUCGUUUCUAAUAAGGUCCCUGUGGUACAGCACCCUCACCAUGUGCACCCGCUCACGCCUCUGAUUACCUACAGCAAUGAGCACUUCACGCCUGGGAACCCCCCUCCACAUCUACAGGCAGACGUGGACCCCAAAACAGGAAUCCCAAGGCCUCCACAUCCUCCAGAUAUAUCCCCUUACUACCCCCUUUCACCUGGCACUGUAGGCCAGAUCCCCCAUCCGCUAGGAUGGUUAGUACCACAGCAAGGUCAACCAGUUUACCCAAUCACAACGGGAGGUUUCAGGCACCCCUACCAGACUGCCCUCACUGUCAAUGCAUCCAUGUCAAGUCUUCUCUCCUCCAGAUUCCCUCCUCACAUGUUACCACCCCAUCACAGUUUGCACACCACAGGGAUCCCACACCCAGCCAUCGUCACACCCAACGUCAAGCAAGAGUCCUCUCACAGUGACAUCGGAUCCCUCAACAGCUCGAAACAUCAGGAUGCGAAAAAGGAGGAUGAGAAAAAGAAGCAGCCACACAUAAAGAAGCCUCUGAACGCGUUCAUGCUUUAUAUGAAGGAAAUGAGAGCCAAAGUGGUGGCAGAGUGCACAUUAAAAGAAAGCGCAGCUAUCAACCAGAUCUUAGGCCGAAGGUGGCACGCUCUGUCGCGAGAGGAGCAGGCCAAAUAUUAUGAGCUAGCCAGGAAAGAACGACAGCUUCACAUGCAGCUCUACCCCGGAUGGUCGGCACGAGACAACUAUGCGGGUAACUAUCAGGGGAAAAAGAAGAAGAGAAAAAGGGAAAAGCAGGCAGGAGAGGGCAAUGAGCACAGAGAAUAUUUUCCAAACCCUUGCCUUUCACUUCCUCCGAUUACAGAUCUGAGCGCCCCAAAGAAGUGUCGUGCACGCUUCGGGCUUGACCAGCAGAAUAACUGGUGUGGCCCAUGCAGGAGAAAAAAGAAGUGCAUUCGCUACAUUCAAGGUGAAGGCAGCUGUGCCAGUCCUCCCUCUUCGGACGGAAGCUUACUAGAGUCCCCCCCAUCCUCCCCCUCCGUGGUCUCUCCCUCCCCAUCCUUGAAUGAGUCCAAACCACAGACUGAACAAAUGCAACCUCUCUCACUGACUAUGAAACCACCCCCCCUGCUCUCGUCCUCCCAACACCAACACCUCUCCAUGGCUCCGCCUCCACCUUCAGUUCUGUUGGACAGCUCCGGGACUGGUAAAACAUCCGGCCCGGCACACAACGGCUCGUUGGAUCCCUCAGACAUGUCGUCAUCCCGACCCACAGGCUCCGCCUCCUCCAGGCCCACAUCGGCAUGUCAUUCCCACUCUCUACUGUCCAGCUCCAGCCUGACACAACCCCUUUCGCUCGUAACCAAGUCAAUAGACUAGCUUCGUUUUUUUUUUAAACCAGCUUUCUUUGUCGUGUGUCUUCAGUCUUUUUUUUUUUUUAUAUAUAUGUUUCGAUUAAAUUGUUUUUCUGUGUGAUAUGGCUUUGAAAUGUUUUUUCAUUUUUUAUCAAAGUUCAUUGGUCAAUAUUUGACCUGUCAUUAUCUAAAAAAAUGAAAUUAUUAUGAUUAAAUAUUGAUAAUAAAAUACACUAAGUUGUAGAGUAUAGCUUUGUGAAUCUGCCAAAUUUUUUAUGAAUUUUGAUUUUGUUUUUUGCAUUCUUUUCAGCUGUACAACAGAAAAAUACAUAAUUGUUAUGUAGUUUUGCAUAGACAUGUUUAAAGACAUAUAUACAAUGUAGGUGCGGAUUCAGAAAGCCCUUUUCUCAUAGAGUUGGUUCUCCUUCAUUAUUUGUAUUAAAUACGAGCUUGUGAACCAAUCAUUUUACAACUGUCCAAAACUCAGAGGGCACGAGGACCGUGGAAACACCUCUCCAUAUGAGGAACCACUUUUAAUUGUGAUGUCACUUGUUCUUGUUUAAAUCUACAGAAAUAUGGGGGGAUUACUGUGUUAAUAUACAUUGUUCCAUUGCGUUGUCUGUUUUAUCUUUUUUCUUUUGUCGUUGUUUACCAGGGGAGGGAGUUUGACUCGGGUUGGGGUGGUUGGACUCGAAUAGAGGGAUA